UUUCGGUCUCUUUACCGAACAGACAUACCAAACGCAGAUCUCAAGAUGCAGUCGUCUUUAAAAAUUGUAGCCUUAUUAAUGUUGUUUGCAACAUUACCAAUGUUGCAUUGUCAAACAUGCUCUGAUUGUUCAGUGACCGAUGGAGUUUAUGCAUGCCUUGAUGAGGUUUCGUACGGCAUCUGUUUCAAUCUGGGAGCCGUUGAUACUAACACAAUUCGUUCUUGUAAAGAUGGCUAUUACUGUAACGUUGAUGGUUCAUUUUGUUCUCUUCAAGAAACUUCUGCUCCAUCCUGUGUAACUUCUACCACACCAUCCCCAAGCUCGACCCCAGUUUUGUCCACUUGCUCGGAUUGUUCGUUGACCGACGGUGUCUAUGCCUGCGUGGAUGAAACUAGCUAUGGAGUCUGUUACAAUCUCGGUUUUGUCGAUCAAAGUGCUAUUCGAUCGUGUGAUGAUGGCUUUUACUGCAAUGUGGAUGGAACAUUUUGUUCAUCACAGGAUACAUCUUCACCGUCAUGUGUAUUGACAACAACUCCAGAAUCGACAACAGGUAAACCUGACUCGACAACAACUUCACAACCCGCUUCUACGACAACAGCUUCUCCACCAGCUUCUACGACCGCGCAGCCUACAGACUCGACAACAGCUAAACCAACGGACUCGACAACAGCUUCACCACCCGCUUCUACGACAACAGCUCCUCCACCAGCUUCUACGACCGCGCAGCCUACAGACUCGACAACAGCUAAACCAACGGACUCGACAACAGCUUCACCACCUGCUUCUACGACCGCGCAGCCUACAGACUCGACAACAGCUAAACCACCCGCUUCUACGACAACAGUUCCUCCACCAGCUUCUACGACAACAGCUCCUCCACCAGCUUCUACGACCGCGCAGCCUACAGACUCGACAACAGCUAAACCAACGGACUCGACAACAGCUUCACCACCCGCUUCUACGACAACAGCUGCUCCACCAGCUUCUACGACCGCGCAGCCUACAGACUCGACAACAGCUAAACCACCCGCUUCUACGACAACAGUUCCUCCUCCAGCUUCUACGACAACAGCUCCUCCACCAGCUUCUACGACCGCGCAGCCUACAGACUCGACAACAGCUAAACCAACGGACUCGACAACAGCUUCACCACCCGCUUCUACGACAACAGCUGCUCCACCAGCUUCUACGACCGCGCAGCCUACAGACUCGACAACAGCUAAACCACCCGCUUCUACGACAACAGUUCCUCCACCAGCUUCUACGACAACAGCUCCUCCACCAGCUUCUACGACUGCGCAGCCAACAGACUCGACAACAGCUAAACCAACGGACUCGACAACAGCUUCACCACCUGCUUCUACGACCGCGCAGCCUACAGACUCGACAACAGCUAAACCACCCGCUUCUACGACAACAGUUCCUCCACCAGCUUCUACGACAACAGCUCCUCCACCAGCUUCUACGACCGCGCAGCCUACAGACUCGACAACAGCUAAACCAACGGACUCGACAACAGCUUCACCACCUGCUUCUACGACCGCGCAGCCUACAGACUCGACAACAGCUAAACCACCCGCUUCUACGACAACAGUUCCUCCACCAGCUUCUACGACAACAGCUCCUCCACCAGCUUCUACGACCGCGCAGCCUACAGACUCGACAACAGCUAAACCACCCGCUUCUACGACAACAGCUCCUUCACCAGCUUCUACGACAACAGCUCCUCCACCAGCUUCUACGACAACAGCUCCUCCACCAGCUUCUACGACCGCGCAGCCUACAGACUCGACAACAGCUAUACCAACGGACUCGACAACAGCUCCUCCACCAGCUUCUACGACCGCGCAGCCUACAGACUCGACAACAGCUAUACCAACGGACUCGACAACAGCUCCUCCACCAGCUUCUACGACCGCACAGUCUACAGAACCUUCUAUUGCAUUGUCUACAGAAUCAACAACCACAAGUGUCCCAGAAAUCGAUGCCGAUGCAUACUGUUUGAGUCUCAACAAAGAAGGGUAUUUCAGAGUCGAGAGUGAUCCCACCUGCAAGGACUAUGUGAACUGUUUCAAAUUAUCGGGAGAUACCCUUGGUUGGCUUUUUCAUUGCAACACUGACGAAUAUUUUAACUCAGAGACAACUCAGUGUGAAACGGAACGACCUGCUGACUGCUAAAAAGCUGAAUUAUGUUUCUAAAAAGAUAAAAAAUAAAAGUGUAUAAAUGUGUAACUUUUUAUAUUAAUUAUAUUAUUAUAUAAGACACAUACAUUUAAUAAAUUUUCAAACUAAAGCGAACUAUAAUUUACGAGGCUUUCUAAGAGACCGCUCAA